CUAACUCUGAAGCAGGCUCUGCUGCUGCUGCUGCUGCCUCCCCUCCCUAUCUUCUCCGGCGAGCCCCACGCCUCCCUCGCCGGAUGUCGGUGCACCCCGAUGCUGCCCCCCUCCGCCGGCAUCCCUCCGCCGCCACCUCCCGCCUUCCUCUCUAGCACCACCUCCUCUUCCCUCCCCUCCCUUCUCCUCCCUCCCCGACACCGCAGUCGCCGACGAUGCCUCCCCGUCCCCAAAGCCGCCGCCUUUCCGCCCAGGCGCCCAGUCCCGCUCUCCUCCAACAUCAACGUCCCUUCCGCCGAGGACCCACCACCACCCUCCGCCACCUCCACCUCCCCCUCGCAGCGCCCCUCCUCCGCCUUCCCCGCCGCCCCGACGGAGGACCCGCUGGUCUCCAAGCUCCGGACCCAGCUGGGCGUCAUCCACCCGCUCCCCUCCCCGCCGCCCCUCCCCUCCCCCACCAUCCCCGCCCUCACCCUCUUCGCGCUCUUCUUCUUCGUCGGCGCCGCCUUCGACAAGCUGCUCACGUUCCGCCGCCGCCGCCGCGCCGAGCGGGAGGUCAGGGUCAACGGCACCUGGCCGCAGGUGCCCACCUCGGGGACCUUCUCGCUCUUCCUCGAGGAGAAGGACCUGCAGCGCAAGGAGUCCGUCGAGUGGGUCAACAUGGUGCUCGGGAAGCUCUGGAAGGUCUACCGCCCCGGCAUCGAGAACUGGAUCGUCGGCCUCCUGCAGCCCGUCGUCGACAACCUCCAGAAGCCCGAUUAUGUCAACCGGGUCGAGAUCAGGCAGUUCUACCUCGGCGAGGAGCCGCUCUCCGUCAGGAACGUCGAGCGACGGACAUCGCGCCGUGCCAACGAUCUGCAGUACCAAAUCGGCAUCCGUUAUGCUGGUGAUGCACGUAUGGCAUUGGCCCUCUCCUUAAAGUUCAGUCCCGUACCAAUCGUCGUGCCAGUCUGGGUUCGAGAUUUUGAUAUCGAUGGGGAGCUGUGGGUCAAACUAAGGCUUAUACCGACAGCGCCAUGGGUGGGAGCUGCGUCUUGGGCAUUUGUGUCCCUUCCAAAGAUAAAGUUUGAGCUCUCGCUAUUCCGGCUUUUCAAUCUUAUGGCAAUUCCUGUUCUGUCAAUAUUUCUCACAAAACUUCUAACGGAAGACCUGCCACGUCUUUUUGUCCGCCCCAAAAAGAUUGUCCUUGAUUUUGAAAAGGGGAGAGCUAUGGGACCUGUUGCAGGCGAUGUUGCCAGUGACAUAAUUCAAAAUGUUGCAAGUGGUAUAAUGCAAGGCGUUGCUACUGACCUAACUCAAGAGGGGAAUAAGGACUUCGUUGGAGAGCUAUCAGUGACACUAGUUGAUGCUAGGAAGCUUAGCUUUGUCUUGUUCGGGAAGACAGAUCCAUACGUUACCAUGAUUCUUGGUGAUCAAGUCAUAAAAAGCAAGAAGAACAGCCAAACAACAGUGACUGGCCUACCAGAAGAACCAAUUUGGAAUCAAGAUUUUUAUAUGCUAGUUGCGAACCCUCGCAAGCAGAAGUUGUGUAUUCAAGUGAAGGAUUCAGUUGGUCUUACCGACAUCACUAUUGGUACCGGAGAGGUUGAUCUAAGCUCACUCAAAGAUACAGUGCCUACCGACAAGAUCGUAACGUUGUAUGGAGGAUGGGGCCCCUUUGGAAAGCGAUCAUCUGGCGAAGUUCUCCUUCGGCUCACGUACAAAGCAUAUGUCGAGGACGAAGAAGACGAAGGGGUGAAAACCGAGUACGCCGCGGGGUACAUCUCAGACGAGGACGUGCUCGAAUAUGUCCGGAUCGACGGCGGUGCCAAGCAGAAGGGUGACUUCAGCGGCAACGAGCGUGAGACUUUCAUGGACCUGUUGGCUCAGCUUCUCGUGAGCGAGGAGUUCCAGGGCAUUGUGUCGUCGGCCGAGACCCGAAGCUCGAGAGACGGCAGCGAGCAGGUCGAGGAACCGAAGGUCGGUGAUGGUGUCGCGGCUGGUGAAACCACAGUCGUUGCAGGGACCGUGUCCAGUAGCUCAGAAGACAGGGCCCUGGUGUGGCUCGCUGCUAUAACCAGCGUGAUGCUGCUCGUUUCCUCCAACAUUGGUGGUUCAGGUUACUUCAAUCCUUAGAAUGAUCAGCAUCUGAUCAAUCGGAAACUGUGUCGACCCCUUCCAGCUUUCACACUCAACGUCGACCAAUGAGGAUUUUUUUUCUCUCUUUUAGGGUCUCCUCGACAAAUGUAUAUUGUUAAUAGCCGAGUAAUUGGCGGUUUUUCGUGGCUAUAGCUCUUGUCCUUUUCUCAACUUUAGUUCGUCGUUGCUCCUGAUCGAUCAGUAUAUGUUGCAUAUAGCAUGUAUCUUUUUUGUUGUUGUAUGAAAGUAAUAAUCCACUCUUGAUUUUGAUUAAUCAUUAUUAAUUUGUUAACU